AUGAUUAUGAAGUGGGUCCUAAAGAUUGGGGACAGCCAGCCUGGGACGAACCGACAGCCCCAGCUCCGAGGUGGGCAGUUUCCUGCACGACAGGGAUCUGUGCGCAUCGGGUAUCACUGCUUGCACAACGAUAUGAGGAGGUACAAGUGGCACAGGGUCAACAUGAUGGAAGCUCUCAUGUACUCCGUACGGUAG